AUGACCAGCGUAGGGCAUACACAGUACAUUGGUUUGAUAAACUCCCCACGCCAGCCAAGCCAGCUGCCAAUCAACAAUAUCCACUCUGUCAACAUGAUUACAAGAAAACAUGAUUGCAACUCCCAACAAGCAUUGAUCGAGCAGGCUGGGACCCGUACUACCUGCUGGAAGUGAUGGCCAGUGCAGUCUUUAUGGAUCACAGGAUUAUCACUCAAUGACUGAGAGUUGAUAUUCUUUCCCAUUUCCUAAAAAAAAAUGUUUUGCAACUCUCAUCAUGUCCAACAACCUUUGGAAGAGACAGUAAAUUAACAGAUAGUCUUCUGCGAACUCCAGCAACCUGGUGUGCUAGUGAAACAUAGAGGAAGAUCGGAGUUAUAGUCCAAUGUGGAUACACAACUCAUCAGUAUGAAAGAAAUAUGGAGAAUGACUGUCAUUACACUGAUCACAAUUAAGAUAUAUGAAAAGAACCACAUUAUAUUAGUUUAAUAUACAGCAAGAUCAUAUGUUGUUCUGCAAAUACUAUAUCUCUCCAACCUCCACCACUUAUCUCACCCUCCUCGAGCUCUGACACAACCUCUGGCUUUCCCUAUCUCCCCCAGCCCUGGCCCAUGUAACCCUCCCCAAAACCAGCCUCUGCUGAUAACAGCAAGUUUUAAAACAAAGCCGGCAAAUGCAGUGGACAGAGAGAAGCGAAAACAUCAUACUGCAGGUACGACACAAAUUUCACUAUGCCAUAUACAGAAAAGGCAUCUACUCUCUACGAUACCAUAUACAGAAAGUGAAUUGCCUCUACUACACUAUGUAUAGAGAGCACAGCCUAUACUACACCAUGUAUAGAGAGCACAGCCUAUACUACACCAGGUAUAGAGAGCACAGCCUAUACUACACCAUGUAUAGAGAGCAAAGCCUAUACUACACCAUGUAUAGAGAGCAAAGCCUAUACGACACCAUGUAUAGAGAGCACAGCCUAUACUACACCAUGUAUAGAGAGCAAAGCCUAUACUACACCAUGUAUAGAGAGCAAAGCCUAUACUACACCAUAUAUAGAGAGCAAUGCCUAUACUACACCAUGUAUAGAGAGCAAAGCCUAUACUACACCAUGUAUAGAGAGCAAAGCCUAUACUACACCAGGUAUAGCGAGCACAUCCUAUACUAUACCAGGUAUGGCGAGCACAGCCUAUACUACACCAUUUAUAGAGAGCACCGCCUAUACUACACCAUGUAUAGCAAGCACAGCCUAUACUACACUGUGUAUAGAGAGCACAGCCUAUACUACACCAUGUAUAAAGAGCACUGCCUAUACUACACCAUGUGUACAGAGCACAGCCUAUACUACACCGUGUAUACAGAGAGCACAGUCUAUACUACAACAGAUAUAGAAAGCACAGCAAAUACUACACCAUGAUUAGUGAGUACGGUCUGUACUAAACCAUGUAUAGAGAUCACAGCCUAUACUACAUCAUGAAUAGAGAGCACGGUCUACACUACACAGUGUAUAGAGAGCACCACCUAUACUACACCAAUUAUAGAGAGCCCAACCUAUACUACACCAUGUAUAGAGAGCACUGCCUAUACUGCACCAUGUAUAGAGAGCACAGCCUAUACUGCACCAUGUAUAGAGAGCACAGCCUAUACUACACCACGUAUAGAGAGCACAGUCUAUACUGCACCAUGUAUAGAGAGCACAGCCUAUACUGCACCAUGUAUAGAGAGCACAGCCUAUACUGCACCAUGUAUAGAGAGCACAGUCUAUACUACACCAUGUAUAGGGAGAGUACCACCUAUACUACACCAUGUAUAGAGCACUGCCUAUACUGCACCAUGUAUAGAGAGCGCAGUCUAUACUAUAACAUGUAUAGCAAGCACAGCCUAUACUACACUGUGUAUAGAGAGCACAGCCUAUACUACACUAUGUAUAGAGAGAACCGCAUAUACUAUACCAUGUAUAGAGGGCACAGCCUGUAAUAGACUGUGUAUAGAGAGCACAGUCUAUACUACACCGUGUGUACAGAGCACAGCCUACAAUGUAUGGAGAGAGCACAGUCUAUACUACACCAGGUAUAGAAAGCACAACAAAUACUACACUAUGUUUAGAGAGUAAGGUAUGUGCUAAACCAUGUAUAGAGAGCACAGCCUAUACUACAUCAUGUAUAGAGAGCACAGCCUAUACUACAUCAUGGAUAGAGAGCAUGGUCUACACUACACAUUGUAUAGAGAGCACCACCUAUACUAUGCCAUUUAUAGAGAGCACAGUCUAUACUACACCAUGUAUAGAGAGCACAGUCUAUACUAUACCAUGUAUAGAGAGCACAGUCUACACUACACAGUGUAUAGAGAGCACAACCUAUACUGUGCCAUGUAUAGAGUGCACAGCCUCUACUACAUCAUGUACAGAGAGCACAGUCUAUACUACAUAGUGUAUAGAGAGCACAGCCUAUAGUAUACAAUGUACAGAGAGAGCACAGUCUAUACUACACCGGCUGUAGGGAGCUCAGCCAAUACUGCACCAUGUAUAGAGAGCACAGUCUAUACUACACAAUGUAUCGAGAGCACAACCCAUACUACAUCGCAUAUAGAGAGUGUGACAAAACUUCUAUUUUGCACUGAUUGGCAAUUACCAGUUUGCAACAUUGUUGCGCAUGGUAAUUGGAGGCACGAUUAUUCCUUCCUGGGGUGGUCUGAUUGUUCGGUAGUUUCACUCGUAUAAUAACUGGAGUGAUUUUACCAAACAAUCAGACGAAUGCUGCAUACAACAUACAUACAUCUGGCAAAAUUAACAAAAGCAUAUUAACACACAUAAUUUUGAGGACAGCCCAAUGCCAUCCGCUACACUGCUCCCCAUUGCCCACAAGCCGGCAUACACGGUCUGAUCCAGCAAGGAUCGGCUUGGGGAUGUCCGGGCUGCUCACGGAUCAUUUUUCCUAGUUUGUUUGUCUAGACAACCCGUCAGCGUUUCCAUUUUGUUUGCCCGGGCGGUACUGAAUGUUAAAGUCAAAGGGCCAAACUCCACCGCAGCAGCCUGGCAUUGUCCCCAGCCACCCGGUUCAGCCAUACCAACGGGUUGUGAUCCGUGAGCAAGGAAAAGGGCUGUCCAUAUAAAUACGGUUGUAACUUAGGGCCCACACCCCAGCCAGGCAUUCCUUCUCGAUGAUGGCGUAGCUCACUUCUCUGGGUAACAACUUGAGACUGAUGUAAGCCACGGGAUGUUCUCCGCCAUCGGCCCCGACUUGGCUCAGUACUGCCCCCAAUCCAAACAUAGAGGCGUCUGUGUGAACAAGAAAACGUUAAGUUGGAUUGGGAGCUGCCAAGAUGGGGCAUUGAUAAGUGCAUUUUUUAGAUGUUGGAAUGCCUGCUCACACUCCAGGGUCCAGGUUACUUGGCGGGGAAGGUUCUUACGGGUAAGGCGGGGCCCUAUAAUUGGGGACAAACUUCCUAUAAUACCCUGCCAUCCAGAGAAACGCUAACACCUGAGUCUUAGUCCUAGGGGUGGGCCAUUGGGCUACGGCCUCUGCUUUGGCUGGUUCUGGCUUCUGUUUCCCACAGCCCACUCAAUUUCCCAGGUAUUGUACCUCAGCCAUCCCUAUACUACAUUUGGCCGGUUUGAACGUCAAACCGGCCUCCCUAAUCCUGUCUAGAACCGCUCCUAUAUGGGCCAAGUGCUCCUGCCAGGUAUUGCUGAAUAUGGCAAUAUCAUCUAGAUAUGCGCAGGUCUAGUCCUAGAACCCAUCUAGGAGUCGGUCCACCAUCCACUGGUUUUUCAUCCCAAAUAGCAUGACCUUAAAGUGGUACAGUCCGAAUGGGGUGACAAAGGUUGACUUAGGGAUGGCGUCCCGGGCCAAGGGAAUCUGCCAAUACCCCUUACACAGAUCAAUAGUAGUGAGGUAUUGGCCUCUGGCCAUCCGGUCUAGCAGUCCGUCUAUCCUGGGCAUAGGAUAGGCGUCGGACACUGUUUUCUCAUUCAGCCUCCGGUAGUCCACGCAGAAGUGGGUCGUACCAUCCCGCUUAGGUACGAGGACUACUGGGGAGGCCCAGGGGCUGUCCGAUGGCUCAAUCACCCCCAGUUGGAACAUCUCAUCGAUCUCCUUGCGCAUGUUCUCCCGCACCGCUUCGGGGAUGCGGUAGGGGGUCUGGCGCAUGGGUAGUUGCCCUGGGGUUUCCACCCGGUGAGUGGCCAGAGGAGUGUAUCCAGGUACGUUAGAUAAGGUGUCAGCUGUUGUAUCUCGGUAUGCUCCUGGGGGCUCAGCCGGUCUCCCAGCGCAACUUCUCCUAAAUCCCCAGACAACCGACCGUCCUCCAGAAGGUCUGGGAGGGGAAGGCUGUCAAACUUGUCAGAGUUGGCUGCACAGAUAGCGGUCACCUCCUCUGAGCGUUCCUGUUCACAUGGAGCAUGUGUCGCCCUCCAGUUCCUGCGCAGGGGCCAAUUAUAUAAGUGGUGUCACAUCUCUGUUCCACCUCUCUAUAAGGGCCCUGCCAGGCGGCCUGUAACUUAUCAUGUCGGACAGGUUUUAAAAUUAAGACUUUCUGCCCAACCUGGAAGCUACAGUCCCUGGCACCCCUGUGGCGAAACCGGCCCGCCUCUUGCCUUUGGACUAUGGACCAGACUUUAUGUGAAUGUGUUAACCCAGAUAGCUAUGCCAUGGAGCCCAUUCGUGUAGUUAAAGACUUCGACUCCAUGGCAAUUGAACUGUGUGAAUAGGAUCUGAGCGAUAUUCGGUAGUUUUGUGCGCUCAGAUCCCAGCUAUCUGGGGAUAUGUGACAUGUCUGUGUUUUAUGUAUAAAAUGGGACUUUGUGUAUUUUAUAAUAUUUUAAUGCUUUGUGCUCACCAUGUGCAUAAUGGAGUCUUGUGUCUGUCCUGGGAGAUAAUUGAAUUACUUCUCAAUUCAAUCUCCAGGAUAGAAGACUCUGAAACUGGUUUGGGCCGGAAAGCCAUGCUUCAUUUAGUCACAAAGGACUUUCCCUUAACUUUUGAACCCCUGGUCUGAUUCGUGCCAUUUUUUAUAUAUGUUGUUCCCCUGAAUGGAUUGAUUAUGAAAAUGUAUGUUUUAUGUUUGUGACAUGUAUAUUUUAUAAGUUAUAAAUAUUGUGUAAAAACUGUAUUCCUCUGCCGGUGAUAAUGAGAUUACCCAUUGUGUUCAGUAAUCAUAUCACAGGCAGAGGGGAGGAUUUUGUGUGGGAGUGUCUGGGUGUAUUGUACGGAUUGAUUGGUUGUUUUGUAACGCCCUGUGGGCUGUACUAUGUUUGUGGAUUGGGAAUAAAAGAGAAUGUAUGUGACAGUACAGAGAGUUCCUGUUUUAACCCUCAAAGUGAAGUGUCGUCUCAUUAUUGGGGGAAGGAUUUAUUGUAUGCUGUUCCAGUUUGACUGCUAGGAGAAGAAACCUAUUCUCAUGGUUUUUCCUAUUCGGCUGUAUGCAACAUUUAAAUGCUUGAGAGCAUUCAUAUGCUUCUCCGGUUUGGUGGUUGUGGUGUCUGCUGCAGUGCUUGGAGUCCUCAGGAAGUGCUAGGAGCAUCCUUCAACGGAGGUACCCAGUCGGGGUGCCAGGUGAUCCGUUACAACUCCGAUCAUACCAUGUGCGCUGGCGAGUCUGAGCCGCCUGAAGGUUUUCCCUUACCGUCCUAGUCAAUGCUUCUAGGCGGUCCCGGAAUGCCAACACAUAUGGUAUGAUGGGGGUAACGUCUGCGCUCCUAUCUCCCUCCCAAUGUUCUCUAACAAGGUCUAGGGGUCCUCUUACUCUCCUCCCAAAUAAUAAUUUGAAUGGGGAAAACCCGGUCAACUCCUGUGGCACCUCCCGGUAAGCGAAGAGGAGGUGGGGCAGGAAUCGCUCCCAGUCCCUGUGGGUCUCGGCGAAGGUUCAGAGCAUUUGUUUCAAUAUACCAUUGAACUGUUCGCAGAGCCCGUUGGCCCGUUGGGGAUGGUAAGGGGCACUGAUGAUAGGCUUAAUGUCACAGAAUUUCCAGAGGUGCUGGGUGACCUCCACGGUAAAUUGAGUACCCUGAUCGGAGAACCCCAUCCAGGAGAAAAUCUGCAUGGAUAUUGGUCAGUGCCACCGCCUCUGGAUAUCUAGUGGCAUAGUCUACGACAGUUAAAAUAUAUUUCUUGCCAGAAGAGCUAGGUUUCCAAAGGGGGCCUAUUAAAUCUACUGCUAUUCUACUAAAAGGUUCUUCAAUUAUGGGUAGCGGAUGCAGUUUUGCCUUCCGCCAGUCCCCCUUUUCCCUACCCUCUGGCAUGUAUCGCAAGUACUGCAAUACUUGCGGACUUCCUGGCUGAUUCCUGGCCAAAAUAAACUUUGGGUCAGUCGGUACCUGGUGCGACUGACCGCCAAAUGUCCGCAUAGCGGAAUAUCAUGCGCUAUCCGGAGCAACUCCGCUCGGUACAGCUGCGGUACCACUAGCUGCCUCAUAACAAUCGGGUCUGACCCGGCUACCUGUUUGUCUGACUCCCUGUAUAAGAGCUGCUUAUCCCAUAUAAAUCUAUCGCCCUCCGCUCUGGUUGAUCAGAUGCGACCUUGUCCCUAUAUAUCUGUAAGGUAGGGUCAGUGAUCACCUCUGCUGCAAAUUCCUUUGGGGGGGCCCAAGGGACACAGUCUAAGGAAGGGGAAGGAUCUCUUACCUGAACCUCCGAUAGUGUGUUGUGGUCCUGGUUGCGGGCCUGUUGUCUGGUGACCACGGGAUGAGCUUCUCCAGUGGUUGGGGCCUGGGUCUCAAAAGCAGAAGUGAGCCUUCCCAGAUCAUUCCCCAGCAAAACCUUCACUGGCAAUUGCGUCAUCAACCCCACUUCCACAUUCCCUGACCCCGCUCCCCAAUGUAGAUGAACCCUUGCUGUAGGUAGCCGGUAUACUGCUCCCCCCGGCUACCCUGACGGCCACAGUCCUGCUGGUCUUGGCUUUGUCAGAUACUAGGUGGCUUUUGACCAGGGUUAUGGUGGCUCCUGGGUCGCGAAGCCCUUGUACAGCUUUGCCCUCCAGGUAGACGGUUUGUCUGUGAUGCUGGCGGUUAUCUGCAUUUGCCUGUAAGGGAUCUGCUUCGUGCAGCACUUCCCACUGUUCCACGGUGGUGAGUGGAACUGCAGAGCCAUAGGGGGUUGUGGUCUCGUCCUGGUAAUAGUGGGCUGCUGCUCUCAGUGGUGGUGGUGGCCCUGGUCGGAUCCAGGUGGAUCAGUCUCAGAGUUGGGGACAUUCUCGCUUGUAGUGUCCCCACCUGUGGCACUGGUGACAUUGCACAGAGCUAGACUGGCGGAACCUCGGUUGGGCAGCGGUUGGUGGGGGUGGUACUGUUGUGUUGGUGGGGUAGCUUUUCCCCCCUAGAGGUCUUACUGCGGUCUUAAUGACUACAGGUUUUUGUUGCCUGCGAACAUCCAUGUAGUCAUCUGCUUUCCUAGGUGCCUCCGUGAGGGAUGUAGGGUUGCGGUCCUUUACCCAUUCCUGGGUAGUUUGGAGGAAAGACAAGAUGGGGGGAUAUGAUAGAAACAUUUAAAUACAUAAAGGGAAUCAACACAGUAAAGGAUGAGACUAUAUUUAAAAGAAGAAAAAUUACCACAACAAGAGGACAUAGUCUUAAAUUAGAGGGACAAAGGUUUAAAAAUAAUAUCAGGAAGUAUUACUUUACUGAGAGGGUAGUGGAUGCAUGGAAUAGCCUUCCAGCUGAAGUGGUAGAGGUUAACACAGUAAAGGAGUUUAAGCAUGCAUGGGAUAGGCAUAAGGCUAUCCUAACUAUAAGAUAAGGCUAGGGACUAAUGAAAGUUUUUAGAAAAUUGGGCAGACUAGAUGGGCCGAGUGGUUCUUAUCUGCCGUCACAUUCUAUGUUUCUAUGUUUCUAUGUUUCUACUGCACCACCCUGAUCUAUUAUUUUAGUUACUCAAUCAAAACAAUCAAUAAGAUUACAACCCAUGUGAUUUUAGAUGUUCAACAAUCCUACCCUUAACAUGGUUAACAUUACUUUCCCCACUACUGAAGAAAGGCUUACUGGCCUAUAGUUGCCCGACUCCUCCCUACUACCUUUCUUGUGAAUGGGCACAACAUUCGCGGAUUGGGAGUUAUAAUCACUACAACUUCUUCUAUGCUUGGAUUUCGGGAGAUUCUUCACGGAUAUACUCAGUCGGAGUAUAGGGGAUCCGUGACAGAGAGCACAGCCUAUACUACACGAUGUAUAGAGAGUACAGCCCAUACUACACCACAUAUAGAGAGCAUAGUCUAUACUACAUCAUGUAUAGAGGGAGUGCAGCCUAUACUAUACAAUGUAUAGAGAGAGCACAGUCUAUACUACAUCAUGUAUAGAGAGCACAGCCUAUACUACACCGUGUAUAGAGAGCACAGCCUAUACUACACCAGGUAUAGAGAGCACGGCCCAUACUACACCGCACAUAGAGAGCACAGUCUUUACUACACCACAUUUAGAGAGCACAGCCUAUACUACACCGUGUAUAGAGAGCACAGCAUAUACAUAUAUAGGAAGGUCACAUAUUCCUCACUGCACCAGGAGGGGCACAUUAUUUAUUACAAUUAUUUAUACAUUUCCAACAAAAGUCGGUGGACUAGCAGACAUGCAUUUUCAACAAGACAAGCUGGAUGCACAGAAACAGAGUGUUGGGGGUCCUGCUCAAACAAAUUCACAUCCUAUACUACACUAUGCAGUGAAGGGAUAUAACCAAUAUUAUAUCAUGUAUAGAAGGAAUACAGCCUGUAUGCUACACCAUCAUGACCUGCACAAGCACAGUACAGAUACAUUGCCAGCCUCUCCCUCACAUCGUUACACCAUGACAUGUAUAUACAGCAACAUAACAUACAUGUAAUUUAUCUCUGUCCUUUCAGGGUUUCCUGUAACACAUUCUGCUAUCACCAUGACUCCACCAUUCACAUUGUUACUCUACACACUGGUAAGUGAAAAAAGUCAGAAUUCCAUUGUGUGUAUAUUGAUAGCUAAACCUGUAUUCUAAAUAUUAGAUUGUAAGUUCUUGGAACUAUAUAGACUUUCUAACAAACUAUUCUAAAUAAGGGGAUGAAACAAAAAGUGUUGACUGUUGUAAGCGGACUGUAUGCAAAGAGAGAUAGUGAAGUUGCUGUGAUAGGAAUUUGUUGAAGACGUGUGAGAACUUUAAGGGUCAUGAGUGGUUUAAGAAGAGGUUUGUUAGAUGUGUGAUCUUGGAACAGAGAUUUGUCAGAUAAAUCAUUGUCAUAGUACUGAUUAUUGGGGAAUUGGAUCAAUGGUUAAAGGAACACUAUAGUCACCUAAAUUACUUUAGCUAAAUAAAGCAGUUUUAGUGUAUAGAUCAUUCCCCUGCAAUUUCACUGCUCAAUUCACUGUCAUUUAGGAGUUAAAUCACUUUGUUUCUGUUUAUGCAGCCCUAGCCACACCUCCCCUGGCUAUGAUUGACAGAGCCUGCAUGAAAAAAAACCUGGUUUCACUUUCAAACAGAUGUAAUUUACCUUAAAUAAUUGUAUCUCAAUCUCUAAAUUGAACUUUAAUCACAUACAGGAGGCUCUUGCAGGGUCUAGCAAGCUAUUAACAUAGCAGGGGAUAAGAAAAUCUUAAUUAAACAGAGCUUGCAAUAAAGAAAGCCUAAAUAGGGCUCUCUUUACAGGAAGUGUUUAUGGAAGGCUGUGCAAGUCACAUGCAGGGAGGUGUGACUAGGGUUCAUAAACAAAGGGAUUUAACUCCUAAAUGGCAGAGGAUUGAGCAAUGAGACUGCAGGGGCAUGUUCUAUACACCAAAACUGCUUCAUUAAGCUAAAGUUGUUCAGGUGACUAUAGUGUCCCUUUAAUAAUCACUUGGUUAAGACUGUGGUAGGCAAAAUACAUAUCCCCAUAUAUCAAUAAGGAAAAGUCCCAUGAACCACUUCUAGAUAUGAUUAUUACAUAUAGGCUGAUGGAGAAUCCUGGGACUUGCAGUUAAUGAUCAAUGGGAACAUGAGUUUGCUUUUUCUUGGCACUAUUUUAAAAGAUGAAAGAAUAACAUUAACAUCUACAACCCAUAUAUCUUUAGAUUGCUGAAGUACUAGCAGAACAGACCCCAGCAUUUGACAACACAGAAAAACCUUCUCGAACGUGGCCAGAUUGGAUGGCCAGUCUCCCAAAUCACCUGCCACUUUCCUCCUUGGCAAUCCCAGGCACCCAUGACACUAUGGCCUUUUAUGGUGGGUCACUUGCUCAGUGCCAGAGUUGGAGACUAGGUGACCAGUACAAAGUUGGAAUUCGGUUUGUGGAUAUCCGGUGUCGACAUUAUCAAAAUAACCUACCUAUCUUCCAUGGAGUUUCCUACCAACGCACUGAUUUCACACAAGUUCUCCGUGAAACUGUGACAUUUCUGACCCAAUAUCCAACAGAAACAGUUCUGAUGCGUGUGAUGGAAGAGUACGAGCCAUACCAGAACACAAGAAGCUUCUACAAGAGUGUGGCUGAAGUGGUAGGAAAUAUAGGAGAACGUUGGUUCCUCAGGACAAAUAGCCUUCCUACCCUAGGAGAGGCCAGGGGAAAGAUCAUUAUUCUACAGCAAUUCUCAUCAUCGGACGGUCCAAAUUUUGGCCCACCUUAUCCUGGAUCAAUGAGUAUUUCAGAUGACUAUGAAGUCAAUGAUGCUGAUGUUAAGUGGAGGGAGGUGGAAAGGCAUUUCAAUGUUGCCUUAGAUGGUGAUACAAAGAAAACCUAUCUUACAUAUACAUCUGGAGUGCACUGGCUUCUCUACCCACCAGAAACAUUAGCUCGAAUAAUUAACCCUAGAGCAAACGAGUACUUAAAAUUAGAAAAUUCAUCAGUAAAUAGGAAGAGGUCAGUAGGUGUAGUUAUCAUGGACUAUCCUGGAGGAGAACUUGUCAGGGAAAUUAUCUUGAACAACUGGAUGUAACGGAGAAUAUGAUAAAAUCAUGAAUAUAGUAAAAGUUCUAAAAAUUUUAAUUAGGGGCAGGAAACAGUUAUUCUUUUGGAGGAAAACCUCACAAUUCACUUACACAAUACAGAUCUCUAAAUGUGAGGAGCCUGGUAGUCAAUAUCGAUAAUCAGCACGCCAAGAUUGUAGUGGAAUAGAUGUAUGAGUGAGGUGCAUUUGUCAUAUAACAGUUUAUUCUUUCUUGGAAGGUACCCUCAUAGUACCAUAUUGCUGGUAACUCCUUGCUUCUGUAACCCUUCCACUGAUGUGUCCCUGCCCCCAUAUGGUGGUUAUGGUGGUGUUAAAGGAGAUUAUAUAUAUAUACAAAUAACCCCUGCACUCCAACAUGUAAAAAGAUAACGGUACCUGGUGCUCUGGUGGCUCAAAUAUAAAUAAAGGAAGGUACAUUUAUUUAUAUCGACAGAGCCUUCCUGGCUCUGUCGAUAUACAUGUAUCCAGUGUGUCCCGGUCUGUGCAUACAGUAACAGAUGGAUAUGAGCCCGUCCUAGUACCAGAAUAAGAUUCGCUUGGGGUUCACCCAGCAUAGGGGGUUCACCCCAGUAUAUGUAUGUCACUAGGACAGGAACCCGAUUCGCUUAGGGGUCACCCCUGUACCACAAUGUCACUUUGGAGAGGUGUUUGCCACACUUGGGGGUCACCCAGCGUAAGGGGGUUCACCCCUGUUAAUCACUUCGUUAUGUGCCUCCACUACUGUGUCCUGGGAGGUGUAUCCCUGUGGGGAAGGAGUGUAUCCAGUGGUUGUCAGGUCCAGUGGGAGUAGGGAACUGAGUAAGUUUUCAGCUCUAUUUAAUUUCCCUGCCAGCAGAUAGAGUAAUGCAUCCACUAUAUGCCCACAGCAGGGAACAGUCCAUUCAUAAUCCUCCAGACGUACAAUAAAAAUGUUAUUCAACAUGUCAAUUGUAUAGAACAGAAUAGAGCAAACUGCCAGCAGACAUGAGUACUGCAUCCACUAAAUGCAUACAGCAGGGAUCAGUUCUACAUAUUCAUGCAGAGUUACAUAUAACUUUUUUACUUCACAUGCCAAUGAAAUAUGACAGUAUAGAGCUCAGCAGUGAACAGUCCAUUCAUAAUCUUCCAGAAAAGGUACAUAUAAAACCUUUAUUCCACAUGCCCAUGAUAUGUAUACAUAUUGAGC